AUGGAGCAUGGUCAGAACCUUAAUUCAUUCUAUACUUUAGACAAUGCACAAGAUAAGAGUAUCUCUUUUAUCCCUCAAAAUUAUGUAAUCCCAAAAAUGCAUAGACCCAAUUUGGCACCACAAUAUGCUAAUCUUGCUGCAAUUGAUAUGGCUGCUCUUAAAAAUGGCUCAACAUCAAGGUCUCAUGUUAUUCGAGAAAUUAGAGACGCUUGUCGUCGCUUGGGUUUCUUUCAAGUUGUGAACCAUGGAGUGAGUGAAUCGGUGCUAGAUGAGGCUUUAACCGUUGCAUCCAAAUUUUUUGAUUUGCCGACAAAAGAAAAAAUGGAGUUGAUGUCAAAUGAUGUGCACAAACCAGUAAGAUGUGGAACAAGCAUAAAAGAUGGUGUUGACAAAGUUCAGUUUUGGAGGGUUUUUCUCAAACACUACGCUCAUCCUUUAAAGGAUUGGGUCCACAUGUGGCCAGAAAAUCCAAAGGAUUACAGGGAAAAGAUGGGAAGAUAUUGUCAAGAAGUGAAGAAAGUGGGGUUAGAGGUGAUGAAAGCAAUAAUUGAAAGUCUUGAAUUAAAUCCAUCAUAUAUAACCAAAGAAAUUGAAGAUGGAAUGCAAGUGAUGGCAGUGAAUUGCUAUCCACCCUGUCCACAACCAGAGAUUGCAUUAGGCCUCCCACCACAUUCUGACUACAGUUGCCUUACAAUUCUGUACCAAAGUUGUCAAGGUCUACAAAUAAUGGAUUUUGAGGAUAAUACUUGGAAAGCUAUACCACACAUUCCUGGUGCACUUCAAGUUCAUGUUGGUGACCAUUUUGAGGUACUAAGCAAUGGUUUGUACAAGAGUGUUGUUCACAGGGCUACCCUCAACAGGGACAGUACAAGAAUCUCACUUACUAGUUUAUUCAGUUUGGGAAUGGAUGAUAAAAUGGAGACUGCUAAAGAGCUUGUGGAUGAUCAAAAUCCUAAGAAGUAUAGAGAAAGCAGCUUUAGAGAUUUUCUUGACUUUCUGUCUACCAAUGACUUUUCUGAGGGUAAUAAUAACUUCAUUGAUAUCCUCAAGAUUAAGAACUACAACUAGGGUGUGGUCCUUCAAUUCCUUCAACUAGGGUGGUUACUGUUUUGGUUUUCUGUUUCAGUUUCACUAUUGUCUUCAAAUAAAUUGAAUGCAUCAUUCGGUGAUCUUAGCAGGAAAAAGAAGAUUUAGCCAUUUAGUUUUUUGUGUAGUUUGGGUUAUGUAAUAAAAUGUUCUACGAAUAAGAAUAAAAUUACAAAUUAUAUUGUUAAUUUAUAUGUGCUAUAGUAAUUAUCAUGAAGAGUUUAGCUAUUGUAGUCAAGGUCAUCGGAUGAUGACCAAACGGGGCAUAUUUUGAGUUUUAUUUCAAAUCUAAUUCGGUGAAAUUAGUCAAAAAUCUGACCUUAUUUUCAUUUUCUACGUCCUACACA